UUAACCACACACCGAAUUUUCUUUCAUUUAAGCGAUCUAUAUAUAUCUAUAAGCUUUAGAGAGCUAGAUCUAUUUUAAAUAACUUUUGGGGCCAACAAAAUCGCUAAAAUUUGGGGGGGUACAGCUUUCGCCCUGGAGCGGUGCGCGAUGCUAUCUCACGCCGACCUCCUGGACGCCCGGCUCGGGAUGAAGGACGCCGCCGAGCUGCUGGGCCACCGGGAGGCGGUGAAGUGCCGCUUGGGCGUCGGAGGCUCGGAGCCGGGAGGCCACCCGGGCGACAUGGCUCCCAACUCGGACUCGGUGGAAGGGGCCACGCUAUUGCCCGGCGAGGACAUCACCACGGUGGGCUCCACGCCCAGCGCGCUGGCCGUCGGCGCUAAAGACCCGGACAAGCAGCAGGGCCAGCCGGGAGGGCAGAACCCCAGCCAGGGCGGGCAGCAACAGGGCCAGCAGAAGCAGAAGCGCCACCGGACGCGCUUCACGCCGGCACAGCUCAACGAGCUGGAGAGGAGCUUCGCCAAGACCCACUACCCGGACAUCUUCAUGCGCGAGGAGCUGGCCCUGCGCAUUGGCCUCACCGAGUCCAGGGUCCAGGUCUGGUUCCAGAACCGGCGGGCCAAGUGGAAGAAGCGCAAGAAGACGACCAACGUGUUCCGCGCCCCCGGCACCCUGCUGCCCACGCCGGGCCUGCCCCAGUUCCCUUCCGCCGCCGCGGCCGCCGCGGCCGCCAUGGGCGACAGCCUGUGCUCCUUCCACGCCAACGACACGCGCUGGGCCGCGGCCGCCAUGCCGGGGGUGUCCCAGCUGCCUCUGCCGCCGGCGCUGGGCAGGCAGCAGGCCAUGGCGCAGUCGCUGUCGCAGUGCAGCCUGGCGGCGGGGCCUCCGCCCAACUCCAUGGGCUUGUCCAACAGCCUGGCGGGCUCCAACGGCGCCGGCCUGCAGUCGCACCUCUACCAGCCCGCCUUCCCCGGCAUGGUGCCCGCCUCCCUGCCCGGCCCCAGCAACGUGACGGGCUCGCCGCAGCUCUGCAGCUCGCCGGACAGCAGCGACGUGUGGCGGGGAACCAGCAUCGCCUCCCUCCGCCGAAAGGCGCUCGAGCACACAGUCUCCAUGAGCUUCUCCUAAUGGCGCGUCUCUCUCUCUCUCUCUCGCCCGCCCGCCCGCCUGCCCCAGCCAGCAGCAGCAGCAGCCGCGCCUCCCGCUUUCCCGCCCUUUCCCUCACCUCGGCCCUGCCCCCUCGCCCCACCCGCCCCCCGGAGCGCAUUGUUCCCGCCAUUUUUUUUACUUAAAAGAGGAGGGGAAACAAAGCAAAGCCAAACGCUUACCAGGGAGUCGACUCAGGAUCUGAAAAGCCAGUGGACUUGGUUUGUGGGCAGAGAAAAACACAACACAACAACACAAGCAACCGUGCGCGCACACACGCACAGACACACACAGAGAGAGUCACAGGCAAACAGCCCCCAAGCCUGCGGUGCUCCAAGGGCGGAGACACAACGACCAACGUGUGUCUAAAUUAAGAUUUAAGAAACACCUAACCUGACAAAGAACUCACUGGACCUCGUUUAAUUUCUCCCGAAGAUCCACCCCACUCCACUGCACACCAAAAUUCACCCAUGAAUGAUCCAGCCGUCUGUUGGGCUUUUUUUAUUUUUGAAAGAAAGCACAACGAGAAUCCACCAUAUAUCGAGAGAUAGUCUAUAUAUAGAUAUAUAUAUAUGUAUGUAUACAAAUAAAGAUCCAAGUUUGUUGCAGGGGUUUUGAUAGAAGGUUUUCUUAACGGGCAUGUUUGGGCUUUGGGAGGCACGAAGGCAAGGGCCGUGGAAAUUAUGUGACCCGUCCAAGGGAAAUGGAACCCAUUUUGAUAACGCAUUUUUAAGCAAUUGGGUGGGGGGGCGGGAUUCAAACGAACGGUGUUUUUUAAAUUAUUAUUAUUAUUAUUAUUAUUAUUAUUAUUAUUAUUAUUAUUAUUAUUAUUAUAAAAAAAACCCUUCCCCCCGCAAGGACUUCUCUUUUUGUCAGCGUUUUUAUUUGGACAAUUUAAUUGGAAAUUUGGCCGACUUUUUGCUUUCAAUGUAUUUGUUUCGGCCGCUGUCCUUAUAGCAUCUCCUGCUGCCCUCGCCCUCUCGGAGCAGGGGGCAGAUAGACAGAUGCCUGGCGCACGUGGAGGCAUCUCCAACCUGGCAAAGACUUUGUACAGAAAAAAGACAAACAAAGAAAACCAAUCGGCUAUUUUUCUCUCUCUCCCUUUCUGCAUGUGCUGGUCCAAUCCCAGAGAACAGAAGCUAUUUCGAAGAAUGAACAAACAAUGUGAAAUAGGAUGUUUUGUGUAGAUAAAGCAUUCUUGUUACCUACUGGUCGAUUUGUGAUAUGUUAAAAAAAAAAGAAAGAAAACUUACUGUCUGUGCUUAUUUAUUAUGGAAUUUUGGGUUUCUUAAUAAAUGUUUGAGGCUACUCUAAAGCAUAUUAUUUGACUUUUCCCGAAAAGUUUAUAUCAAGUUAAUGUAAAUGGAUAAAUAAAAUCAUUUUCGAUAUGUGCUAAUGAGAAUGAUGGCGUGGCAUGAGAUGAGAGGCGUUUUAAAGAAGAGAGGGGAUAAAAGGACACCUUUUUAAUUUAGAAUCCAGGAGGACUUGCCGUACCUUUGGAAAUAGCUUGCUUGAACUUUGCGAUGAAGCAUUUCACUUCUUACAGUUU